GUCACCCUUCGUGUACUGUGUAGUCAGCAGCAACCUCGUGGUGUUGUGGAAAUUUGUGUGUGAUAUUCUCCAGGUUAUGUUCAUAACAAGUAAAUACCUGAGUUGUUAGUGCUUGUUUUUGGCCUGACCGUUAAAAUCGCUACGUGUAUCUUCGUAAAAGAAACGGCUGAGUGUGUGACGUGCUGUCAGGAGCAGUUUGUCUACGAAGUAAUCUCCUCAUAUACUUCGUGGCUAACGAGAAAAGGCGGACAGUGAAAUUCAAAGGUUGUCCAUACUGUAAAACUGAAGCGAUGGACAGGGAGCCAACUAAGUGGAUAAAGAAAGAUGAAACUGAUGAAGUAGAAACUGAGUUACACUUCAUAGCCCAAGAUUAUCCAUGCAGCAUGAAUGUAAAAGAAGAGUUGGAGGAGAGUGUGAAUAAAGAGGCCCAAGAUUAUCCAUGCAGCAUGAAUGUAAAAGAAGAGUUGGAGGAGAGUGUGAAUAAAGAGUUUCUUGAAGACCCAUUAAAGGCUGGCGACCCUAGUGUUUGCGUAAAGCAAGACCCCGAACUGAAACACCGUGCUGCUGGAUCUGAGCAUAAUUCUGUUGAAGAUCCAUUGGGAAUAUCUUUGUCCACUGAUUUUAUCAAGGAGGAUUCUGAAUUAAAUAUAACUGAGAAUACUUUUCUUGAAGACCCAUUAAAGGCUGGCGACCCUAGUGUUUGCGUAAAGCAAGACCCCGAACUGAAACACCGUGCUGCUGGAUCUGAGCAUAAUUCUGUUGAAGAUCCAUUGGGAAUAUUUUUGUCCACUGAUUUUAUCAAGGAGGAUCCUGAAUUAAAUAUAACUGAGAAUACUGUGGAAACCUCAAUAAGAUGUGCAUCUGAUAGUGCAAGAUUUACUCAGACUACUGGUGGGAGUUGCAGCAUAUCAUGUGAAGAAACUUGUCACCAUAGACUGGUCCAGGAUGAGUUGGUGAUAGGCAUGGAGAAGUCAACACAUGGGUUCAGUACCAAUACAGAAGAUCUGACUAUUGAUAAGGAAUGCUCAGUUGCCACCCAGUAUGACUGUAGUACGAGCGGAAAGGAAUUGCAUGUAUAUAGCUGUAAUUUCUGCCAGCAGAGCUUUUCUUCAAAAUACAGACUCAUAAUGCAUGUGUUUAUGCACAUUGAUGGAACGCAACCACCUUUGUAUGUUUGUAAGUGGUGUGGUGAGGUAUUUCACAGUAAUGUUGGCUUGAAAAAGCAUAUGACAAUGAGUGAGAAUUGUCAAGUUUUAACUGCUGACAGUCAUGAAAAAUAUGCACAUAGUGAUGAGCAUCAAACCACUACCUCGUUGGAUAGCGAGGCAGAGGUUUCUGUCACAGAAUACAAUGACCAGUCUUCAUGUAAGGAAACUUGGAAAGAUUCAAAGAAGCCCUCUAAUGACAUAUGUAACACACACAUGACAAAUGAUAGAGAGAAAACAAGUAAUUAUGGAACUUUGUCUAUAGCUGUUAAUGUCAGUGCCCAGGCUGAUCUACUUACUGCAAACAGAACUCACAGAUGUGGUAUUUGUGGCAAAUUGUUUGCUAGGUCUGGUGAUCUCAACGGACAUGUUUCCAUUCAUACUGAGAAAAGACUUCACAAAUGUGAUAUUUGUGAGAAAUGGUUUGCCCAGUCACGUUAUCUAAAGGCUCACACAUUAAUUCACACUAGGAAGAAACCUUACAUGUGCGAGAUUUGUGGGAAAUCUUUUACUAUGAUAGGUAACUUCAAGAAACACACAUUGAUUCACACUGGAAAUAAACCUCACAAAUGUGAUAUUUGUGAGAGAUGGUUUGCCCAGUCACGUUAUCUAAAGGCUCACACAUUAAUUCACACUAGGAAGAAACCUUACAUGUGCGAGAGUUGUGGGAAAUCUUUUACUGUGUUAGGUGAUCUCAAGAAACACUCCUUAAUUCACACUGGAAAGAAACCUCACAAAUGUGAGAUUUGUGGGAAAUCUUUUACUAAGUUAAGUACUCUCAAACAACACACAUUAAUUCACACUGGAAAGAUACCUCACAAAUGUGAGAUUUGUGGGAAAUCUUUUGCUGCGUCAGGCUAUCUCAAGAAUCAUGUUUUAAUUCACACUGGAAAGGAACCUCACAAAUGUGAGAUUUGUGGGAAAUCUUUUGCUGCGUCAGGUUCUCUCAAGAGACAUUCAUUAAUUCACACUGGAAAUGAACCUCACAAAUGCGAGAUAUGUGGGAAAUCUUUUUCUAUAUUAGGCAAUCUUAACGAACACUUCUUAAUUCACACUGGAGAUAAGCCUCACCUAUGUGAGAUUUGUGGGAAAUCUUUUACUAUAUUAAGCAGUCUUAACAAACAUUUAUUAAUUCACACUGGAAACAAACCUCACCUAUGUGAGAUUUGUGGGAAAUCUUUUUGUUGGCCAUACGAUCUCAAGAACCAUGUAUUAAUUCACACUGGUAAGAAACCUCACAAAUGUGAGAUUUGUGGGAAAUCUUUUACUAUGUUGCGUAAUCUCAAGAAACAUUCAUUAAUUCACACUGGAAAGAAACCUCACAAGUGUGAGAUUUGUGGGAAAUCUUUUGCUGCGUCAGGCUCUCUCCAGAAACAUUCAUUAAGUCACACUGGAAAGAAACCGCACAAAUGUGUGAUUUGUGGGAAAUCUUUCACUAUGUCAAGCCAUCUCAAGAAACACGUAUUAAUUCACACUGGAAAGAUAACCUACAUGUGCGAGAUUUGUGGGAAAUCUUUUACUAUGUUAGGUGAUCUCAAGAAACAUGUAUUAAUUCACACUGGAAAGAAACCUCACAAAUGUGAGAUCUGUGGGGAAUCUUUUGCUACAUCAGGUGAUAUCAAGACACAUGCAUUUGAACACACUGGAAGUGGACCUCACAAAUGUGGUAUCUGUGACAAAAGUUUCACUUACUUGGAUACUCUCAAGACACAUGCAUUACUUCACAUCAGAAAGAAAAUGUAAGAAUGUGUUAGUUUACGCAAAUAGGUUUUCGUGGUUGGUGCCGUCAAGGCCUAUAAAAUAAUUUAUGUACCAGGGGACAAUAAAUUGUACAUUCGGCGAAAUAACUUUAAAAUCUGGUAGAAUUGUGAAAAAGCUUGUAAUGAUGGGUGCUAUAGAGUGCUAUCAGAUAAUGUGACAAAACAUUCAUAUCUGUAGCUUCAGAUGUCAAGAAAUGGUAUUACCAAAUACUCAAGAAACAUGAAUCAAAUGUGUUUUUGUCGUUAGCACUGCUGCUUUUUCCUAUUGAUCUUGCGACAUGAAGAUUGUGAAUUGUGAUAAAUCCUUACAUUUGUCAGUAAUCAUAAGUAUCUUGCAAUAUUCAGUAUAAGGCCAACGAAAUGUGAUGACUUGCUGCUUAAUAUUCCAAACAAAGUCAUCAUGUAGCACUUGUAACUGUAUUUUAGAAACAGUGACAGUAAAAAUAUAUUCAUGGCACUUGCUUCAUUGAGGCUAGUAAACUCAA